GGUCGCGCCGUCCAAAACCUGAGGCUUACAAUGACGGGGAGAAGCGAUGACUACAGAUUCAUGGAGAUCAGAGAUGCUAUUGCCUCCAUAAACCAAAAGGUUAACAUUGUCGGCGUCAUCAUCGAGUUCAGUUUCCCCAGGCGAACCAAGGGCACCGUAACAAGUUACUGGCAAUGAUGAAUCAAAGGCCGGACUUACGGCUGCUUCCGUUUGGAUGGUAGUAGGUUGACGAUAUGUCUGCAGUAAGGUGUUUUUCUUGAGCCAGUUAUUGUUUCUCACAGUUUCUUGAAGUAGGAGUGUUCUUAUCAUCAAUCCCUGUCUCUGUUUUGUAAUUUCUUAAGUUUUUUUUUGAGAGACAAUUUGUUUUACUGAGUUCUGUCUACUUUGAGAUCAUUUAUGUACUUUUGUAGAUUGCUUUUGUGCUGUGAAAAUUGUUGACCAGUCUCAUCAUAAACCUGGAAUUACUGCGAAUAUUUUUGCUGAAAGUCUGGAAAAGCUUCCCCGUGUUGCUUCUGCAGGAGAUAUCAUUGAACUUUCGCAUGUCACGAUGAAAACUCAUAAGGGAGAGAUAUAUGCCGUCUUCAACAAGAAGUUUUCUUCAUUUGCUUUGUAUGAGGGAAAAGAUGGAUCGGGCUUUCUACCAUAUGAUGCAUCACCAAAAUUUCGACCCAGAGAUCUUGAUGAAAAGUUCAUUCAGAGUCUGAGGGAUUGGCUGGUUGAUUUCGAACUUGAUGAAGGAUCAACCAACUUUUCAUUUGUUAGGGAUUUAAAGGAAAGUGAGCAUGUAAAUUUGAUCUGCAAGAUUGUCUACAUGUGUGAGUCUAAUAACGAGACUCUCGCUUUUGCUUGGGAUGGAACUGAUUCUCAACCAAUCAGUAUAGACACCAGGCUAGCAAAUGAAAUUGAUUAUGCACAUCAAUCCGGACCAUUGGUUUUGCCAAGAGAUAUAUUAUGUAUAUUACCUCCUGUUGGCUCUAUCUUGAGGCUGAUCUUUGACAAAGGGAUUGAGAAGCAGAGUUUUUCCAUGCUCAACACUGGUAAAUGGAUGAAAUUUAUGAAUGUCUUAUGUGAAAUGCAAGUUGGAACUUUCCAAAUUGUGGUGACAACAUUUUCAAAGCUUCGUUUUACAUCAAAUGGAGAUAUUGCCGUCCAAUUCCGCCAAAGAUCAUACGAGGAGCGUUUAGCAUCAGUUUUGGGCAGAAUUCCUUUUUGGUGCUUUCCUUCGCCCUCACACGUUACAGAGGUUGAUCACAACAACGAACCGUUUGCCACAUUGAUGGAUGUUUUGACAUAUCCAAAGGCGACUGCUAAAUUCAAAUGUGUGGUUCGAGUCAUAGCAAUGUAUCCAUUACAGGCCAAGGACUUCCGCUCUCCUGAAGGGAUUUACCGGGUUAGGCUGUGCCUAGAAGAUCCAACUGCAAGAAUCCAUGCUCUAUUAUAUGCGGAAGAUGGAAAGCAAUUCUUUGGUGGCUAUCCAUCCAGCGACGCCUUAACAAGGAAACGAAACAAGUUACUUGGGGUUCCGGCUAGUGAGAAAAAUGAGGCCAGUACAAGAGAUCCUCCAUGGGUGCAAUGCUGCUUAAAAUCUUAUUACCUAAAUAAACAAGACGUUUUGGGAAGCAGGCAGUACAGAAUAUUUGGCACUCGGCUGGUAGUAGAAGAUUAGUAGAUGAAAAAGCAACUUGAUUUUGAGCCUUUCAGAUAUUUAUCGGUAGCAAACAAAUGGAAAGACAAACUCUUCCAUUUUGUCAAAAAGAAUGCCAAAGUGACCGAGCUGGGAAACGAACUUGUAAUUUUUUUAAUACAGUUUCCUAUAAGAAAAUGUGUACAUAUUAAGUUGUAAUUUUGCUACGUUUUUAUUUAUACAUACAUAUGUGUAUAUUCUUAGGCAGCCUCGCAUAAUUAAGUAAACUAAGACAAUUUGUGAUAGUUGUGUGUGUUUUUUUUUAAAAAGACUGAACUCUAUAUUUAGUAAAUUAAUUCUAAAUUUGUGAAAUCUUGUUAUAUUAAUCCAA